AUGUCUGAAUUCCUCUCUAGUAUAAACAUUCGUAAUAUGAAUCUCAAUAAACGGAAUGUCCGUUUCAGUCAGCGCAUGCCGCAGCGGAACACUAGUAUGCGUCAAUGCACCGAGGUUGAUAAGCACCGCGUCGACAUUGCCGCGCGCUUCAUGGUUUUAUUGGGAUUGGUUUGGUUUGGGUAUCUAUUGGGUAACUUGGUUCGUGUUCAUUAG